AGCCCAUUUUGACUUUGCCGCUGGCCAUCUACUAGCUAGGUGGAUACCCAUACCAACGAUUUGUUCUAUCUGUUCCGAUACCGGCCAAUCCAAAAUGGCGACCGCCGUUCCAGUUGAUUCGGGAUUGACUGCUCCGACAGGGUCCAGUGCGUCUCGGAAAGUGGCAUCUCCAGAGAUUCCUGGAUCCAGUCAGAGUAUGAAGAAGACCAUUGGACACAGAGGAGUUGAGACGAACACUGGAGAGACCACCUAUAAGAAGACUACAUCGUCAGCCCUGAAAGGAGCAAUUCAGCUGGGCAUCACUCACACUGUGGGCAGCCUGAGUCAGAAGGCUGAGAGGGAUGUUCUCAUGCAGGACUUUGUGGUGGUCGAGAGCAUCUUCUUCCCCAGUGAGGGCAGUAACCUGACCCCUGCCCACCACUACAGUGAUUUCAGGUUUAAGACCUACGCCCCCAUCGCCUUCCGCUACUUCAGAGAACUAUUUGGCAUCCGGCCAGACGACUACCUGUACUCUCUGUGUAACGAUGGCCUGAUAGAGCUGUCUAACUCCGGCGCCAGCGGCUCUCUCUUCUACGUGUCCAGUGAUGAUGAGUUCAUUAUCAAGACGGUGCAGCACAAAGAGGCUGAGUUUCUCCAGAAGCUACUGCCAGGAUACUUCAUGAACCUGAAUCAGAACAAACGGACCCUGCUCCCUAAGUUCUAUGGUCUGUACUGCAUCCAGGCGGGAGGGAAGAACAUCCGCCUGGUGGUGAUGAACAACCUGCUGCCCCGUGUGGUCCACAUGCACCAUAAGUACGACAUGAAGGGUUCCACCUAUAAGAGACGGGCCUCAGCCAAGGAGAGGGACAAGACUUUUCCCACCUUUAAAGACCUGGACUUCAUCCAGGACCUGCCUGAUGGACUACUGCUGGAGACGGACAACUACAACGCCCUUAGCAAGACCAUCCAGAGAGACUGCCUGCUCCUGCAGAGUUUUAAAAUCAUGGACUACAGUCUACUGGUGGGGAUCCAUAACCUGGAGCAGGCUAGUAGAGAGAGGGAGCGAGGUGGGGGGCAGAUGGGGGACAGUGGGGGGUCAGAGGGGGCGGUGACCCCAGACCAGCGCCGACCCCAGGCCCAGAAAAGUCUAUACUGCACAGCCAUGGAGUCUAUACAGGGAGAGGCCCGCGGGAAGGGAGCCCUGGAGUCUGAGGACCAUAUGGGCGGGAUCCCAGCCAGGAACUCUAAAGGAGAGAGGUUGCUGGUCUUUAUCGGCAUCAUCGACAUUCUGCAGUCCUACAGGUUCAUCAAGAAGUUGGAACACUCGUGGAAGGCCCUCGUCCAUGAUGGGGAUACAGUGUCGGUGCACAGACCAGGCUUCUACGCUGAGCGCUUCCAACAAUUCAUGUGUAACACAGUGUUCAAGAAGAUCCCAUUGAAGCUCUCCCCAUCCAAGAAGUCUCGUGGUGGGGGUCCGGGGGGUCUGAGGAGAGCUCCUACCCUGGGAGGCCCCACCCCACUCUCCCACGCUGCUGGACAGUCUGUGGUGGACUCCCGACUCGUCUACCAAUCACACUUCAACAAGGCUGACGCAGAGGGAGACAGUGGCAUGCAGUCGGGCAGGCCAGACCUGGUGCCAAGGACCCCUCCACUGGCGGGAGGGUCAGGGGAUGCAGAGGCCAACUUUUCCACGUCCUCAUUAGGAAGCACAGGACUCACCUCCUCCUCUCCUCCGCUACAGUCAGUAGGGGUUGAGGUACAUAGAGCAGUAACAAGCACAGACCAAGACCACGGUGUCUCCCACAGUAUGGGUGCGGAAGUGGAAGCGUCAGGUGAUCAGUCGGGUAAUGAAGAUGCCAUCUCACUAUCCGACAUUGUCCCAGAGACUAACAUCUGCUUUUAACAACUGAUCUGGAGUCAUCUGAGGAAAAGGUGAUUCUGGAACCAAGGAGGUGGGUGGAAGAGUGAGAUGGGGAGAGUAGUCUUGCAUCCUCCUUCCUCACUCUGUCGAUCCAUCCAUCCUUUUCUCCGGGGGAGGUUUGGAACAUACUUCAGGCUGACUGAACGGGAUGGGGGGGGGUGAAGUGAGGGAGAGUGUGACUGGGUGCCAGAGAGAGGAACAAAGAGGGAGAGAGGUGUAUAUAUGUGUGAGGAGGUGGUGGCUGUCUGAAGGCUUGGUCAGCCAGACAGACACAUGGGUAUGCUGCUAGAAACCCUUCUCCAACUAAGUUACAGGAGUCUCUGUGUCAUGAAACCCACAUACACUGUCCCACCUAUCACAAAGCCUGAAGGGGAGAGGGAUGUGGGCUUAGACACCCCUGCAUCAACAGUGUGGAGGUGGAACCCCAUGCUCUAUAUCACUCUUGGUUCUGAUACUUUGUGCAUUCCUUCUUGUGGACAGUAUUUGGGUUCCGUUUUCAGUGACUUCAAUCAUAAUAUCUCAUGUUAUCAUUCUACAUCUGUCCACACCUUCCUUCCUCCACACAGCCAGGAGAUGGGACGGACAGGAGAAUCAUCUCUAUAUGUAGUGUUUUUUUUUAUUAUGACCACACUUUUACUGCUGUGGACAGAACAUAUGACUUCAUCACACAGACCUUCUAUUCUUUUAGAUUAUGGAUGUAUACAGUAGCUGACUGACUGGAGUUCGGGGCAGGAAUGUACAGGUCAGAGCUAUUCUGCCCUACCAAGCAAAAAGGCAGUAACUGCUCAUAGUGUGGAACUGAGAAAAAUGGAUUUUAUUUACCUUAGUUUCACAGUUACCUAGUAGAGUUACUGCUAAUAUCACUCCCAUUUUCUCAAACACAAUACGAGGCAGGAUACUUGCCCACAUGAUUAAGUCAUUUUUGCUACAUUAAAUAAAUGCGAACUCAUUUUUGACCAAAUGAGCAGUUACUGCCUUUUUUCUUGGUAGGGCAGUAUGGGUAGGCUAUACACCACAGGAGGUUGGUGGCACCUUAAUUAGGGAGGACGGGCUCGUGGUAAUGUCUUGAGUGGAAUGGUAUAAAAUACAUCAAACACAUGGUUUAAUGUCAUUCCAUUUGCACUGUUCCAGUCAUUAUUAUGAGCCGUCCUCCCCUCAACAGCCUCCACUGCUAUACACAGUGUUACCGGCUGAUGGGAAGGCUCUGUCUGUCUCCAUGGUUAUCCUGGAAUCUUCCUCUCUGAUGAGACCACAUGUGCUAUAUUGAUCUAGGAGUGAGAGACCAGAGCAAGAACAUAGUAAUGGCCCCCAAAGGAAUGAGCCAAUCAAAAUUCAGAGCGAGCGUUUAACGCACACUCUACACAUGCCUUUUUCGGUCUUCGUAUGGCAGUUCAAUUUCAUCACAUUCAUUCACACCCAGCCAUUUAGACUGUUUUGUGCACAAAUAUUAUAUGUGUUCUUCAAGCAAUGGUAAUUCUACCACCGUCAUUCAAGCACUUUGAUACUUUUAACUGACCUGACUUUCAUUAAUAAGCAACAAGGGAUUUCUGCUGGCUACAGAAAUGGCUGCUUCACCCCACUGAGUUUGAGACUCACCACAUUGUGUGAAUGCCUUUGUUUGCGUCUCUGUAGUACACCUCUUGUACAUUAACGUUUAUAUAAACAUGGGUUUGUUAUUUUUUUCCCAUUUGCUCAGUCACUGUGGAGAAUACUAACACAAGCGCUGUGUGGUAGCUCAUACUAUUUAUCCUGUAGUAGGAUAUUUCAGACACAGGGAUACAUAUCACUACCUACUGGUUAUGCUAGAUCUUGUAUUUCACACCAACACAGUGUGAUCUUAAAGGGCCACAGUGGCCUGAUUGUGAGGACACAUUUCUAAGUAGAUGGGAGUGCACAUGUGGUCCAAAGCAGAGAGGGAGAGAUGGACAGACCGACAAACUGGGGGAUAUCAGCCUGUGGUGGAAAUGAUUCAUGUUCAUUGAUGCACCGUGAGACAAUAGGGAUGUUUAAAGGGAAUGGGGGAGUACAAGAACACAGCCAUGCCCUGAAGAAACUAGAGGCUGGAAGUGGAGCUCUUUCGGAUCAACUGUCAUGACAAUUUGGAAAAGCAAUCAAAAUGUUAUGGACUUGAACAUGGAUGAACUCACUGCAUAUGGAAACCUUUGCUUCAGAACAUAGAGUUUUGAUGAACUUGAUGUUUUCCUAACAGAUCUGAGUUUAAUGAGCCUUCAAACCGUUUCAGCGCUCACCAUUUGAGAGGAGCUGUCCUGCAUGAUAACUAUACAUAUUUUAAAGCACAUAGGAAGGAAGGGCACAAGAGGGGGUGGUAUUGGUUCCAAAUGAGUGAUUUACACAAGUUACUACAUGGUUUGAUUCAUUUCAAGUUCUUGUCUACUUUUCCUGGCGAACCCACCCUCUUUGUAAAAAGCUCAUAUGGUAUUCCUGGUUAAAUAAUUUCCAAACAUGGCCCUCAAUUAAAAGUUGUGCUCUUUUGAAUGUUUUGACCUUUGACCCUGAACCCUGCUCAGCUUUCCCAUCAUUUCAAAGAGCUCAGUUCAGUCUUGUGCUUUUUGUUUGAGAACAGUUGUCCACCAAAGAACUCUCCAAGCCCCAUGUUCCCAAGUUUUGAAUCACAUUUUCAAUAGAUGGUAUUGUGUCUUAUUAUAACAAGGGCCUUAGUGUGACAACAGGGUCUGGAUUUGACUCCAUGAACACCGAUCAUGACUUUUAGUGUAUGCUUAACUUUACAAACUAACAUCUGACAGUCAGAACAAUGUUGUUUUAAAGCCUGUGUGCUUCUGUGUAGAUGCUGGAUUAAACCCGUUGCAGUGUCUGGUGACUUGUCUGGACCACAGCACAACAGACACCUCACCCUUUGGUGCUCAAAGGGCGGUACACUUGCAACACAGACACUACAGAACAUAUAAACUAAUGCAAUAUGAACAAGUCUGCCAUCUUAAAGUUUCAAGAAUCGUAUUUAUUGUAUUUGUAUUAUGACCUUGUAGCCUGAAAUGAUUCAUAAGUUGUACAUGUACCUUAGAUGAUUGUACGUAUAAUAAUGUAUUCUUCUGACAGGAAAUGUCAGCGACUUAAGUAGUGUAUUGCAUAUGGGAGGGGAUUAUUUGACAAUUUUUAUAUUUCAUGUUUGAUUUUGAUACUGAUAUAUUCUCCAUUGUUCUGGGGCAAGGAUGUCCCAUGCUUUUCUACGUUGAAUAUUUCACACAGCCUCCGAGCCAAUGUUGCUGGUUACCGUCUAUGCUUCAAUUGCUCUAUUUUUACUCUGCCUGUAUAAAAUUUGUAUAUGUAUAUAGUAGUCACGGAAAUGCCUUCUCAUGCUGCCUGUUCCUUCUACCAUCUUUCAGUGGUGUAAUGUUUUUCAUAUUGGCUCUGAUUUUAGAAUAAACUUAUUUUCUAAAUGUU